GUCGGAGUUCACAGAGAUGUUGGGUACCAUCAUGGAGGACCACUCCGCGAACGUCCAACGUUUGGUGGACAAAUUCCGGAGCAGGUCCGAGGACACGAGGCUCGACACAGGAGGCGUGCGACGUGUUUGGGAGAACCUGUUGCGUCAGGUGGAGGCUGAUGCGUUAGCUCACCUGGACUUCGCCAAGGUUCUCCAACAGCAACUCUCUAGGCCCACCUUGGAAGCGAGUUUCCACAGGAAGCUUCAGUCUAGGAAGGUGUUCGCUCAUCGCGAGGCUUUCGAACAGCUGGUGGCCAAAUCCGAGGAGAAGCUGCAGCGUGCCCGGGCGGAUUACAAGCGCGCGUACGCCGCGUUACUGAUGCUAGAGGGCGGCAGCGAACAGGACCUAAAACGUGCUUACUUCGAGGCGCACAACGCGUACGUUCUGCAAUUGAGGGCCACGAAUGCCAUCACGGAACGAUACCAGACGCGAUGUCUGACCGGUAUCCUCGGCGAGAUAGCGGAGGUCUACGAGGAUCUAUGCGGAUUGGCUUGCAAAUGCGUCACCGGGUUCACGGAGGCGAUUGCGGAGCGGUCUCGCGAGCAGGCCAAGCGUUAUCAAGCCAUCUCCGAGGAAGCCCAAGUCGUCGCGCCUUUGAACGACCUGCAAAUUUUAGCACGGAGUUUGACGGCCACAGGGACUCCGUCAAAGAAGCCUGCCAGACGUCUGUUCGUUGCGCCAGGCCCUCCGGAACAGGUACCGAUGGAGAGAAUCAAUCAGGUACCAUCUUUGAGAGACGAGUUGGCUCCGACGGGAACCAGUACCCUGCCGAUGAUGGAGGAUCUCCGACGGGAACACGACGCUCUCAGCCAGAAAAUCUCGGGGCUUCAAGAAGCUUUAGAUUCACUGAUGCGCAUGCAACGCAAGAGCGCCGAAAGCAACCUUUACACCAAAGUGGCCGAGCUGCAGAAAGACAUUUCCAUGAAGCGUUUCGAGCUUGGGGAGGCACAGUUGAACCUCGCGGCCGUUCAAGCACAGAAAGAGCUGUUCGGUAGCGGAGAAGCCGGUCAACCGGAUGGGGUGAGCAGCCGGAAGAUGUCGAAUGGCUCGACCGGAAGUACCAAGCACAAAUGGCUGAAAGCGUUCAAGAGUCUGAAGACGACGAGCUCGCCGACAACACCGCCGUCCGCAGACAAGAAAAGUCUCGAAUCGGAGGGCGGGCACAUAUGGCGCGAGUACACUUAUCGGAAGAUCACCCCCUGCGACGCCUGUGGCCAGGUGUUGCGCGGCCACAGCCGUCAGGGCGUCAGGUGUCGCGGCUGCAAGGCGAACGCGCACACCGACUGCAUCCAACUGGUGCAGCCGGCCAUGUGCCCGAGCUUGGCGCCGAAAAAGAGCGGCGGCAUACCACUUCUUCGGAGGCAGAAGACGCAGGCUCAGGUCGACGAGACUCCGGCCGCAGAGCACAACGUGGACGCCAUAUACCAGGUGCUGAAGCAGGCAGGCGAGAUCCGUGGAAACUCGACAAACUCACCACCUACGCCUCCCACAGCAGAUCAUCCUCCCUCCGGUGCAGCACCUUCGUCAGCGAGGGCCUCCUCCCACCCCUGUUCCUCGUCCACCUCUGCGCCGCAUAGCCCGCAACGUAGACGAGAGAGGCUCAACCUGAGAAUGAAGAGCUUCAGCUUGGACUCGCCGGAGGGGACCGCGCACGUUCGGCAUCGCUCGAGGGAUUACUAUGCCGGCGGCCAGAGAGAGUCCACGCCGCCAAGGCACUCCGACAGCGGGAGCAUCAACAGAUUGUCUCCGUGCAGCCCGGGCCAAGGGCACACGGUUCACAAGCCCGUCAGAGGGGCCGUCAGGAUGUCGAGCAUGGAAUUACCGGACGAGAACGAGAAAUCCUAUUCCUCGGCCAGCACAUCGCCGUGCCCGUCGCCGCAUACUAACAAUCAGAAUCACAUGAACCCGCCGGGGAAACGUGUCCUGCCACCCAAUAACCUCUACGUAGCCCUCUACAACUUCGACGCGCGUCAUCGGGACGAAUUGGAUUUAAAGGCUGGUUAUAAAAUAACAGUGAUCGACAAGUCAGAAAGGGAUUGGUGGAAAGGCAAGUGCUUGGGCGGACGAGUCGGUUACUUCCCAAGUGCCUACGUCAUGAGAGUGGAGUCUGGCCAGAAGACUCUCCAAGUCACGCGUAAUCUACAGCUUACCGAUCAGAUCACACUAUUGCGUGAUCAGAUCGUGAUCCAGGUCGGCGAGGAGGUAGAUGGCGUAGCCAUGGUGCGAUGCGCAGCGGACGUCCGUUCGGCGGACCACACGGGAAAGGAGGGCGAGGUGCUGUACAGGGAGACCCUCUGCCCUUUGAAGUACUUGCAAGAGGUGUGACAACAACCUCGCCGAUACGUCGCCGAGAAGUACUACGACUGUCUGCAGUGCGCAGAGCAGUGCCACCACGUGACGAACGUAGUCACCAGUAACAACAAUAACAUCAACAGCAGCAGCA